AUGGACGAGGAAGGUGCGGCAAUGGUGCUCCCUGGCCGGCAGUCCCAGCCGGAUCGGGAACAGGCGGACGCGCAGAUUCGCGAGCUAUAUGAGCGAAAGAUGGAAAUGUUCAAGGUCAAAGAAAGCAGACAGCUGCACGAAAGAUGCCUCCGAAUCCUUGCGACGGACCUGUACGAUACUGCAACACACUUUAUCUUGGAGUUGCUCCAAAAUGCAGACGACCUCGACUACGCUAACCUGCAGCAUGACGACGACCCGACCUUUGGAAUUGUCUUGAGCGCACCAAAUAACACCUUCGAGACUCACUGCAAUGAGGACGGUUUCACCAUUGAUCACAUCGAAAGCCUGUGCGACGUUGGCAUGAGCAAAAAGGCACGGAAGAAGGACGUACACUCCGGAUACAUCGGCGAGAAGGGCAUUGGAUUCAAGUCCGUUUUCGGCGUGGCAGAUGUUGCGUACGUCAGCAGCGGAUUUUAUCACUUCAAGCUGGAUACCAAGAAUGAGCUCGACGCCAAGGAGAAGACGCUCGUUGGGAUGCUGGUACCAAUUCCGGCAGACUAUCCGUCCUCGACGGCUGUUGGAACAACACGCAUGCUAUUACAGCUCAAGGGUCCAGAGGCAUACACGGAUAUCAGAGAAAACCUGAAGCAGAUCAAGCCUGAAAUCCUGCUGUUUUUUCGCCGACUGAGAAGAAUCAAAAUCAAGACCGAGGACCGUAACAUCGAUUAUGCGUAUUUGCUCAACGACAAUGACGUUGGUUUCCACGGCGAGACGAGAACUUUGACCGCCCUUGAUCGUCAGACACAUACCACGAAUUUGACAAAGUACAUCAUCGUUCGUCAUGCUGUUGAAAACAUGCCCGAUACGCAGAAACGAGAAAACAUUUCCUCAUCGGAAAUCACUUUGGCGUUUCCUCUCACGAAAUCCAACAAGCCCGACUCACAAGUCCGAGACGUAUUUUCGUUCAUUCCUGUAGGCUCUUAUGGGUUUCGGUUCAUCAUACAGUCGGACUUCAUUCUGACUGCCAAUCGAGAGCAAUUGAAAGACUGCGAGUGGAACAGAAAACUUCGACACGCCAUUCCCGAGGCAUUUAUGAGAGCAAUUGAACGGUUCCUUAUGUUCGAGAAUGAUCUCAGGUAUACGUGGCCAGAUUUCUUGGUCUACGAUACCACCCAUGGGGAUUUCUGGGAAGACCUCGGACCUUAUAUCCUUCGACAUGCCAAAUCCCGCCCGGUGUUGCAAAGCCAAGCCGGCAACGUCCAGCUACCUGAAGACCUUUUCUUCGUCCCAGCGGAAUAUCGUCUAGAUGGUGUAGCGCUGAUCGACUCCAAAGAACAGCGCAAACUUACGUUGGCUUUUGAAUACACUCUCGACCUUGUUCUGUCUACUGGGCUUCGACUACUGGGAGUACGCGAAAUGAAGCACAGGGAUUUCAUAUCCCAGUUUUGCGAGUGGGUGAAGACUGAGCCUGAUGAGUUCAACAGCAAGUCAGAGGAAUGGCAUCGAGAGGUUGCGAAAAUACUCGUCAGAGAUGGCUGUCACUUGGAACAGUUGAGGGAGCUGCCUAUCGUCCCGACAUUUAAUGGCACAUUCGUUCCAGCCAAGAGCAACAACUUGUUUCGUGCAUCAAUCGAUGAUGCUUGGACUGCGCCUUCCAGUCUGAAUUUGCAAAUUGUUUGCUGCGAGGUUAGACGCGAUAGCCAUCGGGAAGCUCUUUUCGAGUUUCUUCGCGUCGCAGAGAUAAACACAGCGAAUAUGUGCUCGAUAAUCUUGAACAUGCACAAUUACGAUGACAAGGACCGACCUCCACAAGACCUGGUUGCAGAAUUGAUCUUUCUGUUUCGUAACCGAUCGUGCGUCAAUGCCACAGAUAGAGAGCGACUUCGCCAUCUUUGGGUGGUUGCCGCCGAUGGUCGGAGGACACUACGCGCUGGGUUGAUUCACUUCAUUGACCGCAAGAUCAAAAACAAUCUCAUACUCAAGCAUUAUACCUCUUCUUACUGCUUGAAUUUCAUGGACUCGGAAUAUUCUGAGUACAUCGAGGUCAUCGAGCGAUGUCGGACGCACAAAGAGGCCGAGAACCAAUUGAUUCCACCACCUGGCGAGAUUGUCACUCAGAUGCACUUUCGUCUCUGGCUGGAGAAAUCCUGUGGUCUCGCGAGGUUUCCACGGCUGGUCACCACACGCCGGCGGUAUGCUGAACUCACUAAAGAAUGGGAGUUUUUGAGUCAAAAUUGCGUCAAUGAUCUUCUGGUGCUCGUCAGAGACCGGUGGGCAAUUGAAUACUACCAGUAUGAGAGACUAAUAGCUAUGGAAGCUAAGAAGCUGAGAGUCCAGUGUCGAGAUGGACGUGUUCGGGAGCUUCAAGAAACAGCUUUGGCAACAGAUUAUCUCGAGCAAACUUGUCCGCACCUCAAUUUUGUGGAGCUUCCAGACCCUGAACACGAAGAUUGGAAGACGAUCUUGCCUCGCUUCUCAGUUGUAGUUGAAGUAAGUGUUGACUCAAGCAUCCAGGAACUCCAAACACUGUGCGACACGCCAGUUACAAACACAAUUGCAGACGCAGCCCGCCGGAUUUAUCGGCAUUUAUCGCAAAACUCUGGAAAACUGAAGAGAUUGGCUUCGACGUCAAUUCUUGGCCCGAAGCGUCUCAUCUUCUACCCAGGUCACGGUUGGGUGUCUUCGGACCAGUGCGUUUGGGAGAGCCCCGAAAGCCUGAAAAGCGCCCUCUCCUUGGCUGUGAUAUAUGAUGAUUGCGGUGCUCUCUUCAAAGACAUACUGGGCAUCAAAGAUGCAGGAAUCAGAGAAGUGGUGCAAGAAAUGGAGUGUUCGACAAAGGAUCCUAGUCUACAGGAUACCAGCACAUCCAAGGAGCUGAUCUUGUUGUUGAACGGGCAUAUUAGCCCGGAGGCCCCCUGCGAGCCGCAACCCCCCUACUACGCUGAUGAUCUACGAGGCAGAGUGCAAAGAUUGAAGAUCUUUCCGAUCGCGUCGGCCUCUAAGUCCACUGUCAGUUCGGAAAACACCAAAUUCAUGUCACUCGAAGAUGAGUGGUACAUAAACGAUUUGGCAUCGCUGGCGGCCGCUUUCGAGGGACAAAUCAAUGUCCUAAGCUUCAGCAUACGGGAGUACGAAGAGCUUCUCCCAGUGGUAAAAUGGCUACGCAUCGAAAGUCGCCUUUUGAGCGAAGCUGUCAGGGAGGAUGUUACAGUUGUUGGCUCACAGAUACCGAUGAAGACUUGGUCAAAGUCUCUGCAGAUGCGGGCAAAGUUCAUUGCCGUGCUGGCGGAGGAAAAGAUUGAGCAGACCCCUCCGGUAUUCAACGUGUGUCAAGUCCGGCGUCUUGAGGUUGUGAGAACAAUCGGUCAAGCUGUUGGCGAAGCGAAAUGUGCCAAGGUUUUUAUCAAAGAAAGGAGCGGCUCUGUUGACAUCUUUGUCUUGCGCAACCCUUUUGACAAGCCGGAGGAGCAAGUCAGCCGCGAACUUCUCUGCUUUUUCCUUAAGCGAUAUUCAAUCACCGAUGCGACGCACACCUCACUGGUCCCCAGUAUUCUGCAACAGGACUUGAGCGAGCUACCGGAGUUGUUGGAGCAGAACAAGAUCCGAUGCCCCUGGACAGUUGACGAAGAACCAAAAGAGACAGAUGGUCAAUGCAAAGACGACUCUGCUUGCCUGGCCCGUUCUCCAAUUGGAGGACACAAUGCAUCGACGACAACGAGAGGAGACGACUUUGUCGACUUAACGGCAGCUCUUCUACCACACAGACAUGAUACACCAUCGCCCAAGGGAGACGCUCGCCCUGCUUUGAGUCGUUUCAAGCAAGUCGGACUGCUUGGAGAAGCUUGGAUGAAUGAGUAUUUCAAGAAGCGAGUUUCAGACUGGGACCCAAACGUACACUGGACAAGCAGGUUGCGGGUUGAGAAGGGAUAUCCGGAUUUCCUUGGGGACGAGUCAAAGACGGCAGAUUUCACGUAUACGGACGAGGAGGGCCGCAUGCUUCCUGUCAUGGGUCUUUCUUCCCAUGCUCAAGAUGGGAGACACAAGCACAUCACAUACCACAUAGAGGUAAAAGGGACUGUGCUUGAAUUCAGUGAGCCAUUUCAUAUGAGCCAGCAUCAAAUGGAUAUGGCACUCAAGUACUCGAAGCUUAACCCCACGGAUAUUUACGUGAUCGCUCGUGUCUACCACCUUGACCACAGGCAUGCGGACACCAGAGUCAGGUUCUACAUCAACCCUUGGCGCUAUAUUAGCGCAGGCAGACUCAAACUUAGGAGUGAAGGCUAUGAAGUCAUUCCUGCGGAAAAAUGA